AUGGUUAUGCUUCUUGAUGAGGAGACAAGCCUUCCCGUCUCACUGCGGGCAUGGAGAGAUAUCUGUCCAACGAACGAACCUCAGUGGCAGCAGCCAUGGGAGGCACUGAGUAGUUUUUUCAAUGCAGCGGGCUAUCAACGAUUUCGUUCGCGCGGUCGCAAUAGCAUGACUUAUCCUGACGAGUCUUUGCCACCAUACCCUGCUCUUGAUUCGUUUGGAUUAUACGGAGAUCGAAGCGAGUUGAAACCCACUUUUUUUCCCCUAUCGCAAGUUGUCGCUGCUCGGGAUAGGGAGAACCGAGAUGUCGUCAUCAAGGUAGUAUCGAAGGGCGACGAAGGGCGACGAGAGCUGGAAAUUCUCCAGCUACUCAAUUCGGAACCUCUGCGCUCAGAUCCUGCGAAUGCGACAGUGAGAGUAUUAGAAUUCCUCGAAUUUCAUGACUGGCACUUCGUUGUCAUGCCACUAUGCGAUCAAUGCGAUGAACUGCCUUUUCUGAAUGUGUCGGAGGGCUUUGAUUUCGCAGAUCAGGUCCUGGCAGGUCUCGCAUUUUUGCACGAAAAUCGCAUAGCACACCUGGAUAUCUCAUGCGACAAUAUUCUCAUUAAUCAUCACGGGACGGUGCCACAGACUGAGAUUUGGACUACGCCGUCUGAGCCGAUCUAUAAAAUAUGGCCUCCUCCUGAGUGGCGAUCAACAUUUCCUGCGCGAUACUUUUUCAUCGACUUCGGAUAUUCUCAGUAUUUUGCAAAAGACGCGAGUCUUGACAAAUGUCUCGCAGAACCUUUUCCUCAAGGAAGGGAGCACCGGGCUCCUGAGAUGAGAAGAGCCACCAACUACAAUCCAUUUGCCGCAGAUGUCUAUGCGACAGCACGCACGCUUUAUGGAUGGCUUAAGGAUGCUGCAGAUGAGACACCCAGCCUCUUGAUUCUAUUGCGAGAUAUGACAUCUCAGAACCCUUCUCGGCGACCAACCGCCAAGAUGGCAUUAGAACGAUUCCGUGCUCUGCGUUCCACCAUUCCAGGCGAGAAAUUGCUUGAAGUCCAUGAACUUGAGCUCAUCGAUUAUAGUCUCGUUCCAAGAAGUUUCAUUGUGAUGUUACGUGACCUUAUAGAAACCAGGCAGUGGACUAUCGCGUACCGGUUUACAUGGAUCAGUCUCAAGAUGUGGGUCACCAAGACAUUUGGACUGAAACCUGCCGUUCAGUUAUAG